AUGGGAACAAACCAUGAUCCAUUUGACCUGAUCGAAAUUUUACAAGGUGACGUAUCGAGACUUACUGAGGAACAGCGUCUAAUAUUUGAUUGCGUGUGUCACAGUGAAGACAGUAAUUUAGGAAAAAUUCUGUUCAUAGAUGCACCCAGUGGAAUGGGAAAAAUGUUUCUCACCAAAGUUAUUUUGGAAAAGAAGCACGGAAGAAGAAUAAGCUACCAAUUUCCCAGUGGAAUUCCAGCUCAUAAGAUAAAUAUAAAAGUUGGUGUAGUAGUAGGUGCUAAGAAAUCUAUGACCACCAAAAUAAUGAAGAUGAUCACUUUUAGUGAUCAAAUUACAAUAAAACGUGAUAGAAGCAGAGAUUUUAACAGGGUGUGGAGCAGGUGA